AUCAUUCCAUUCCAAUAAAUCACCUUCCUUGAAUCCAUACCGCAGUAUAGACUCCUCCAUGCAUCACAGGUAGAGUCAUGGUCAGCGACAAAUCGUCGCAUACGCUCUCUUAUUCAAAGCGUCCAACAUGAUACCCAUAAGUCCAGACGCCGACUGCGACGACUGUAGUCCUCACGGGAAACACUUCGGGACCAAGGCCGCCUUCUCAACCGUCCCGUUCAUCGCAACCUUCGCUAUACUGACAUUCGUUGCCUAUCGCAAAGUCUAUCCUCUUCUAUCCUCUUCUUCGUCGACAAAGUCGCAAGAUGGCCUCAAAGGACUCCCUCGGCCGGCUACGUCACCUCCAGAACCUGCCACGCAACAACUUGCGCGGCGUGUCGCAGCAACCACCUUUGCUUCCACGAUAGCACUUUCGGCCGUGUUGACGGAGCUGCUACUAUGCGAGAUCUCGAACUCGUUCAAUCCUACGGCGCGCAGUGUUGCGUUGCAGAUCACCGUGGUGAGCCUGCUGGGUCUCUUGGUGAUUGCCAUCCCUCUGUUGGGGAUUUCUUCUGUGGUCUCAAAAUCAGGAUACAAAUUUAGGGGCGAGAAGAAGAAUCGAGUACGCCUGGCGUGGACUUUGGAGUUCGCUGGCUACUCAGCGUUUCUUUUCGGAUUCUGGGCUAUGGGUGCCCUGCUACCACAGUCUCCGAAAAUUACAGAGAGUCUGAGUCGCCAUGACGGUCUGUUCCAGGCUUGUUUGGACAGACUGGGUAUCACAGGAGUGUCUCUGAUGGCGCUGUUGUCUGGGUUCGCCUCGGUCAGUUCAAUCUGGCAGUGCUUUGGACCCAGGGUGAAGCCCGUGGCCGACACGGACAUUACUCGCAAACAGGCAGGAUUGGAUGCUACCAUGGAUAUGCUUGCGGAAAAGAAGGAGAAAUUGAGGAUCUUGGAACAACAAAGUCUGGACAGCCCCAUCCAAGGGUUCUGGGGUCGCACAAUUGGCUCUAUACGAGGUAACAAGGACAUACAGGAAAGGCAGACGCUUGGGAUGGAGACAUCGGGCCUGGAAACAAUGGCAUCCUCACUGGAGACUUCGCUCACUAUACUACGAGCGCGACGAUCGACUCAACUCCGAGCGACUACGCCGGCGGGACGGUUGUCCUUGAUAUUUUCCUAUGUGUUUUCGUGCUACUGUAUAUAUCGCAUCUGCACGACCACCAUCAACAUCUCCAGACGCAUCGUGUCUUCCAGGCCUGCUACGUCUUCCGACACGGAUCCGGUCACGUACACCAUCGCUCUUUUUGCACGGCACGUCUACCCUUCACUGGACCAGGCGUCAUGGGCUCAGCAGAUUUCAUUCCUCCUAUCAGGGGCGAUGCUGCUGGCCUCCUUUACGGCGGUCACGCAGACGUUCCACUUGUUCUCCCGCUUUAUGCCGACUGUUCUGCAUGCCACAAAGACAAACUUUGCGCUUCUGAUCAGUCAGAUCAGCGGCAUGUACGUUAUCAGCUCUGCGAUCAUGCUCAGGGGUAUGAUGCCGAAGGAGGUGGGCAGCGUUAUCAACAGCGCUCUGGGGGCUGGAUUGUUGGAGCCCGCCUGGGUGCAGCGGUGGUUCGAUGGAUUCUUCAUGCUUGCUGUAAUUGCGACGGCGGUGGGCAUAUUCCUUGGAAGGCAACUUUCUGGAGUUGCAACUUUUGAAGACGACACCGGUUGGGAUGGCGUUAUGGAGAUGGGCAAACAAUCUUGAAUGUUAUGCUCUGAUGUGUGGAACGAGUACUAGAGGUAGGCCGUAGAAGAAGGCUAAGGUAACAGUCCUGGUUAUGAAUAUACAGAGAAACGGUUCAGCCUCGAUCGAGUAUUGCGACCAACACAAUCGCAAGUCCAUAGGCCUUGGGUUUCGUUACUGUCGGAUCUGCCACUACUAGUAGCCAAAUAUUCUACUUAAAGUGCC